AUUUCAAUUAUAUUUAUACCCCAAAGUGCUGCUCAUCUCAGUGCUCUAUCAAACUUCUUCUCCUUCUUGCUUACAGCCAUGGACUCAAUGACUCACUGUUCAAAUUUAUUCAACUCAGUCCUCUUCAUUUCCAUUUUAGCCACCAUUUUCAGUCAUUGUGAUGCCAGAUUUAUGUUCCAUAUGUGGAACCAAAAGGGCUCAAAUCACCAUGAAAGUCCAAUUAACAAGCAAAAAUUAACCAGUCAUUUCGUCUCCAAUGUUGAUCCGUACACCAUCAACUCACCUUUAUAUCUCCCUCCUUUCGACUCACUGUCACCACUUCCUCAACCUGGGGGCUCUCCGUUCACUCCAUGUCCACCGCCUCCGCCGUCUAGUCACAGCCACGGUUCAUCAGCUAAUCCACCCAGUAUUUUUUUCUCAAGUCCCCCACAACACCAACCUACCCCACCAGAACAUGGUUUGACUCCAAGACCCAUUUACGGACCCCCAAAGCUGAACCCACCGUCGUCUUUAGUUCCACCGCCUAAAUCGUCACGUUCCGGCGGCGGCGUUUGGUGUGUGGCUAAACCUACGGUGCCGGACUCGAUCAUCCAAGCGGCUAUGGAUUAUGCAUGUGGGUCUGGUGGGAAUUGUAAAGCGAUUCAACCCAAUGAGCCGUGUUUUCAACCCAAUACGUUGAUAUCACAUGCUUCGUUUGCUUUUAAUAGCUAUUGGUUGAACACAAAGGGGAAUGGUGGUACCUGUGAUUUUGGUGGUACUGCCAUGCUUGUUACAGUCGAUCCUAGUUUCAAUAAAUGCAAGUUUGGCCAUGCUUGAUCCAGGGAAUUAUGAAGUAUAGGCUUAUAUAAAUUUAUAAAGGUAAUUUAGUAUAAAAGGAUAGAAAAUAAUGUGGAGUAGAUUUAUUCUACAUAGAUGAUCAAAUUGCAGCAAUUAGCAAUGUUCUUUAUUAUCAGCAUUGUACAAAUUUUUAUCAGAGAAUUGGAUGAGUGCUUUAACAGUUCAAAAAAUUAUAUAUAAAUAAAUAACAAUAUUGGUACAAA